UUUGACUCCUAAUAAAAAAACAAUGUAAAGUCUAAAUCCGCACGGCGCUGGAGGCCGGAGCAGCCUCCCUUUGCAACGGAACGGGCCGGUCGUCGACUGUCUCGCGUUCCAUUUUCCACGGCAAAUCCAUACAUAAACCCUGCGGGUAGUCUCGUCGAUUCCACCAAACAUCCAGCCCUGCAAACUUGGUCGUGCCGGCGUGCGGCGUGCCCCCGAGGGCCGAGCUCCGACCUAGCUGCGGCGGCGCGAGGAAGAGGCAGGCUACAGCCGCCAUGGGCUCUUCCGAGGCGCCGCUGCUGCUCGCGCACCCGGGUGAGGGGAAGGAGGACCCGGGGGCGGACGUUGGAGAUCGGCGCCGCCUCCGCUGCUGCUGGUGGUGGCGGCGUUGCGGCGGCGCUUCGUCGGAAGGGUGGUGGGCGGAGGUGACGGCGGAGGCCGGGCGGCUGGCGGCGCUGGCGGCGCCCAUGAUCGCCGUGGCGCUGCUGCAGCUCAUGAUGCAGCUCAUCUCCACCAUCAUGGUCGGCCACCUCGGCGAGGUGCCCCUCGCCGGCGCCGCCAUCGCCAACUCGCUCACCAACGUCUCCGGAUUCAGCGUCCUCAUGGGACUGGCAUCCGGAUUGGAAACUAUCUGUGGGCAGGCCUUCGGGGCAGAACAGUAUCAUAAGGUAGCUUUAUAUACCUACAGGUCUAUAAUUGUACUCCUUAUUGCGAGUGUGCCCAUGGCCAUUACAUGGGUUUUCAUCCCAGACGUACUUCCUCUCAUAGGUCAAGAUCCACAAAUAGCGAGUGAGGCCGGGAGGUAUGCCUUGUGGCUUAUCCCUGGUUUAUUCGCCUUCAGUGUGGCUCAAUGCCUUUCAAAGUUCCUCCAAUCUCAGAGCCUGAUUUUUCCCAUGGUUCUGAGCUCCUUCACUACACUUGCUGUCUUUAUUCCUUUGUGCUGGUUCAUGGUUUACAAAGUUGGGAUGGGUAAUGCUGGAGCUGCUUUUGCAGUCAGCAUCUGUGACUGGGUUGAAGUCACGGUUCUUGGUCUUUACAUUAAGUUCUCACCUUCUUGUGAGAAAACUCGUGCUCCAUUCACGUGGGAAGCUUUUCGAGGGAUUGGCAAUUUCAUGCGGUUGGCAGUACCUUCGGCUCUUAUGAUUUGUCUUGAAUGGUGGUCAUAUGAGCUGCUUGUUCUGCUUUGUGGGGUCUUACCAAAUGCAGCACUUGAAACUUCCGUGCUCUCUAUAUGUAUCUCUACAGUAGUAUUGGUGUACAAUCUCCCAUAUGGCAUUGGAACAGCUGCAAGCGUGCGUGUGUCAAAUGAACUAGGUGCGGGGAACCCGGACGGCGCCCGCUUAGUAGUAGUUGUUGCCUUAUCCAUUAUAAUUUGCACGGCAGUUCUGUUGAGCAUAACUCUUCUAUCGUUUCGCCAUUUCGUCGGAAUUGCUUUCAGCAAUGAGGAGGAGGUUGUAAAUCAUGUCACCAGAAUGGUACCGUUGCUUUCAAUUUCAGUUCUUACUGACAACCUCCAAGGAGUCCUUUCAGGUAUUUCUAGAGGCUGUGGUUGGCAGCAUUUAGGCGCCUAUGUUAACUUGGGCGCGUUCUAUCUUAUUGGCAUUCCUGUGGGGCUUGUUGCCGGUUUUGCUUUGCAUCUAGGAGGAGCCGGGUUCUGGAUUGGCAUGAUAGCUGGUGGAGCCACACAGGUCACUCUCCUAUCAGUCAUCACUGCAAUGACAAACUGGCAGAAGAUGGCUGACAAAGCUAGGGAUAGAGUAUAUGAGGGAAGUCUUCCAACACAAGCAGAUUGAUUAUUAGGAACUUGAAGUCAUAUCCGACUAUAUACAAAUUUCGCUGCAUCCUAGUUCUUUGUUGAAAGAGCUGUCCAUACCACGGAUCUGGACAAAAACGUUACAAAAUCUCUCUCCCCAAAAUCUUUGUCCAAUGAAGGUCCUAAAAGACGUGCUUUUCUAUACCUAUACUCUAAACUAGUUAAUUUCAAUGACGAGAACCAUCUUAUAUUAGGUCUUUCCCAAUGCUCCGCAUUAGCUUAUGUCUUAGGGAUUAAAUGCACAAGUAGGAUGAAGUUUGAUUUGACAGUCAAGUUAAUGAGAGAGAAUGAGUAUAAUAACAUAUGCAUUGGGGCAAAGGUAUCCUUGAUAUAUGUUAUUAUAUUUUUUUUAUUGGUC